UCAGUUUCCAUAUUACUGUCAAGCCCAUUGGAUACUUGACAUGUUACCACUCCACCACUGGUCCCAAUAGUUCUCAUUUAGAAAUUCAUUUCCGUUCAACUCCUCGGCGUAAAAAUAAUAAUUCUGUAAAAUCUAGUUAUACCGAUCAGGAUGAAAGUGGCAACGAUGAGCGGCCACGAGAAUGAGGCUUUUGACCCAGAACCAGAAGGUGUGCCUUCAUCAGGCAAAAAAUCUCCGAGUAAAGAGAAGACACCCCGAGGAUGGAGCAACAGCAUUGAGUUCCUAAUGUCCUGUGUAGCCCUUUCCGUUGGCUUCGGCAACGUCUGGCGAUUUCCAUUCACAGCUUAUGAAAACGGAGGUGGUGCCUUCCUAAUUCCCUACAUAAUCCUACUAAUCCUAGUGGGCAAACCCUUUUACUACCUCGAGAUGAUACUAGGACAAUUCUCCGGAAAGUCCGCGACGCGAGUCUGGGAAUUUUCUCCAGCAUUCACCGGUGUUGGAUGGGCCCAGCUAGCAUCGGUGGUAGCAUUAGCCUCGUACUACUGUUGUCUAAUGGCCUUAACCCUUUUCUAUCUCGUAUCAUCAUUUUCCUCUGAAUUACCUUGGGCCCACUGCAGAGAGGAAUGGGGCGACUCCUGCAUUGACUCUGGAAAAAUUGGCGAUAGUAUCCUGAAUGGACUAACCAGUAAUGCGACAAGGACACAUGCGACGAGAAAUACAUCUUCACUGAGAACUUCGGCGGAAUUAUUUUUCUCGAAAAUAGUGCUGAGGGAGAAGUCGUCAAUUGACGAUGGGAUAGGAUUGCCAGAUUGGCGUCUAGCAAUUUGCCUGGCAGCUAGUUGGGUCUGCGUCUUUGCCGUUUUGUCGAGAGGAAUAAAGAGCAUGGGGAAGACCUCGUACUUCCUGGCAAUAUUCCCUUACAUCGUGAUGAUCGCCCUCCUAGUGAGGGCUGUUACCCUCGACGGGGCAGUGGACGGCAUUCUCUUCUUCAUCAAACCCAACUGGUCGAAAUUGCUGGAACCUGGUGUCUGGUAUGCCGCUGUCACACAGUGCUUCUUCUCGCUGUCAGUCUGCUUUGGUGCUAUCAUCUCGUUCUCCUCGCACAACAAUUUCAGGCAUAAUAUUUACAGAGAUGUCAUCAUUAUUACGAGCUUGGAUACUGUCACAAGUAUGAUUGCUGGGUGCACAAUAUUUGGAAUUCUCGGAAAUCUCGCCAAGGAGAUAGGAACCGACGACAUCUCGACUGUCGUCCGGUCUGGUACUGGUCUGGCCUUCAUCUCGUAUCCCGAUGCCAUCGCUAAAUUUUCAUUAAUUCCUCAGCUGUUUGCAGUGCUGUUUUUCAUUAUGAUGUUUGUCCUGGGUGUGGGCAGUGCAGUGGGCAUGAGUGGAGCAAUAAUUGAAGGACUCACUGGACAAUUUCCAGGGAUCAAACACUGGCAGAUUGUUUAUCCAGUUUGCUUCAUUGGAUUUUUGCUUGGGCUUGUUUAUAUUACUCCUGGAGGACAAUUUAUCCUGGUUCUGGUAGAUCGUUAUGGCACGUCCUUCGUGGUUUUCAUAUUAGCUGCUUUCGAGAUUACUGCAGUCGUCUGGGUUUAUGGAAUAGAAAAUUUCUUGGAGGACGUCGAGUUUAUGAGCAAAAGGGAGCCCAGUGUCUACUGGAGGUUGUGCUGGUUCAUCGUGACGCCUCUGGUUCUCAUCAUAAUUUUUCUGUACACAGUAUCGACAUUGCCACCUUUAAUUUAUAGGAAUGUACCGUACCCCGAAUCCGCCCAUAUCGCUGGAGGAAUUAUUCUCGCCAUGGCGAUCUCCCAAAUUCCCAUCUGGGCGGUUGUAGCCAUGAUCAAGCGUAGAGACACAUCUAUUAUCAGAAUGGUGAAGAGUGCGUUCAGGCCAUCCGCUGAGUGGGGUCCAGCUGAUCCUCAUAUGAGACAGGAAUGGCUCAUCUUUAAAGAAGAAAAACUGAAGAUCAAGAGUCUUCGGACUAGCCCUCGAUGGCGACAAAUACUCGAUGUUAUCUUUAUAAUUAAAUCGAGAGACUCGUGAGAGGACAAUAUCAUUUGUAAAUAAUUAUUUGAUAGUUUUAAUUGUGAGGAUGUACCUGACUUUACAAACACUGCCGUAGGCAACAUUACUAAGUUACAUAAAAAGAUAUUAGAAGUUAACACUUGAAUUUCACAAUUUUCACUUUUUUUUUCCACAUUUUAAUAAAGUUUCUGAUAUUUCAGUUGAAAAAUUCAACUAAAUUACAAGUGAAUCUAAGAUUGUAAGAGAUUACAAGUUGUUUCACUUGAAAUAUCCAAGAGUAAUUUUUUCACACUGUAAAAAAAAUUUACUAUCGAUAC